UGCAAAACUGAUUCUGGUGCUUUCUUAUUAGUUUAGUUAUUGGGACAUUUACCUUAGGGUAUGCACGUCGUUCGUUGCACAUAUUGCACAGAGUGCAUCCAAAGUCUUCCGGAUUACACUAGUGUGGUUUACGUGCGCGAGAUUAUGUAUUCAGAUACUAGCCCGUUUAAAUUACUUACCCGCUGGGUAUAUACUACCGAAUAUAUGCACGUCGGCGAAUCGCUCAUCAACAAUCGUUGUCUGGUCGGUUAUUCUUCAUUAGAUCUUCCUAACUUAAGAAUUUAAUUAAUAUCAAAAUCUCUUCCAAGAAUAUUAAAGCAUACCAAGAAGCUUUUUCAUGAUGCAAUAAAGAUAAACAACAUCGCGAUUGCACUUCUUGAACUCUCUCACACCUAAAUAUUAAUCGUAUAAUAUAAUGCGAAAACCUGUUAUUAUCAAGGCGAAUAUUCCAAUUAGUCACUAAGUAACUUAUUGUAGAAAUAAAUUAAUAAGGUAAUAAGUAACGUGUUAGCUGAGAGAAUACGUGCAAAAUUAAUUUUGUUGGGAAACUUGAACAUUCGGAAUUUUAAUUGUAUUGCAUUUUUCUAAUUUAUGGGAAGAUUUUAUUUUAUUUAUGAUAUUUUCUCAAUCGUAACUGACUAUUUACGUGGUAUGACAGUCUAGUUUUGUUCCAAUUUGUGACACAAGAUGAAUAUUCUAAUUAGUGUCCAAGUAACCUUAUUGUUAAAAUAAAGAAAUGUAUAAGUUACUUAUAAAAAAAAUAGUAAUCAUUAUUCAAAUGUCAGGAAUUGAUGUAGGAUCAUAAAUGUAACACUAACCUAUUACUGACUUGAACAUGACAAUUUAUAGACUAAUGACUCAUGUUUGUACUAUCAGACUAAUGACAUUAAUACUAGUGUUUAACUCUAUAUAAUUUGCUCUAUUGCUUAAUUUUAUAAAACGGAUUCAAUUGUCACGAAUUGUGAUAUUAAUCGGUACAUUCAUCUUCUGUGUUUGGGAUGCUCCUGAAAAAUAGCUCGAGUUAUUAAAUAAGCAGGGAAACGUUAAUAAUUCUAAAUCUACCUCUGUACAAACGAACCAUUCGGUGUAUUGAGAUAAAUGAUUGUUGUUGUUGUUGUUGUAAUUAUGGUCGUGGAGCUAUGUCCAUUGACCAAAAGAAAAGUUCCAAAGCUAGGAUUGAAAAUGUUCCGAAAAAUAGAUGAGGAAAUUCCUUCCGGUAUUAGAAUAAGUCUUUAGAGUCUUCUCCCUGUUCUUCUGAGAAAGAGCUAUUGAGAUAAAUUAUUAGCUGGAAAGCUCCAAGGUGGAUCUCUAGUUUACAUCGUUCUGCCUCUCAUGUACCGUCGUGCGUCACAGACUGUUAUUUCUUGUGUUGCGUUCUUGGGAAAAUUUGGUGGGAUUUGUGCGUCUCUCGGGUAACGACAUAAUUAGCUCGCACUAAUGCCCCCGUUAGCGCGCGCGGCAUCAGGUACAAUCGUUAGUCUCAGCCUCUCGGCCUAAUUAUACUCGGAUCGGCGUUCUCUUCUAUUUUCCGCUUCUAUUCCGCCCAGGUGAGACUGCGUCUCACCAUGUCCCGCGUGUUGCGCACCGCUUAAUUUGAGCACGAAUUAAAACGUCAUCGUCGUUGUCAUCGUUGUUUCGACGGACGUCGAUGAAAAGUCGAUCGAUCCGUUGGGGGGUGGAUCGACAACGGGAGGCUCGCUUUUCGAAACGCGGCCCAUCCCUCUUCGCGGACGGUAGCCCUCCGUCGCAGCGCCUGCGCUCGAACACUUCCUAUAAGACUCCGAAGGCCGCUCGCACCGGUUUCAGUCUGCCCCGCGGUACCGGCGCCGCGGUCGUCGUUGCGCGUCUCGUACAAACCUCCUUCGAGGACGAUACUCCCCCGUCAUGAUGCUCCCCGGCUUCGACUGAGAGCGCGAGGGCGACAGUCAGAGCAAGAAAGAGAGAGAAAAAGAGAGAAAGAGAGAGAAAGAGAGAAGGGCUCCUCUUUUCCUCCCCCUUCCCCUCCCGCCGCGAUAAGCGAAGCAGCGUCGCCCGUCGCCGACGUCAGCAACGACCGUCGCUCUCUCCUCCUGGACGAUCAGCGUACGUUGACAUAAAAACACAGAACGAGCGCUAUUGCGAGCGGUAGUUCUGGCCGUGGUUGUUGCGCGGACGUGGUGGUGGCUGCUGCUGGUAGUGGUGGUGGUGCUGGUAGUGGUGGUAGUGGUGGUGGUGGUGGUAGUGGUGGCGGCGGCGGCGGCGGCUGUGGCGGCGACGGCGGCGGCUCCUCGGGAUCGCUCUCCGCGGCCACCCCCUACGCGCGCGGCAUGUGGAUGUGCCCUGUGUGUUAUUUAAUCGACAUAAGCGAACGUAACUCCUAUGAUGGUGAUGUUACCUGUCGCGUUGCUAAAUAGUGGGAUCGCCGACGGAGAACGAGCGUGGUGUUCGCUUCUCGGUGUUCGAUAGCGGAUAUUGCAACUAACCUCUCCCCCCCCGAUUGGUAAACCCUAGACAAAGCUGUCUUUGGCCGUUGUGUUUUCUCUCGGAUCUCUCCUACCUUCUGCUCUUCCUCCCCUACUUCUUUCUCUCUUCUCGUUCCCUUCUAUGGUGGAUGAGGCCGUCCGAGGUGUCAACCGCGAGUCGCUGGACACAUCAAUCUCGAUGGUCAAGAUGAGCUUGCGCGGGAUCCUGCUGUGGAUAUGGUGCUUCCUGAUCACGAGCGAGUGUUACAACGUGAAGAAGGGCAGAGGCGAAGACGGCUCGAAGUUGAUACGUAUCGAUGGUGACAUUAUCCUCGGCGGAAUAUUUCCGAUGCACGAGCAGGUCGCAAGCUCCAUCGGUCAAUCACCGUGCGGGGCCGUCAAGGAGGAGAAGGGCAUGCAACGAUUGGAGGCCAUGUUGUACGUACUGGACGAGAUUAAUGCUGAUACGGAACUCCUGCCGAACACAACGCUGGGCGCCCUCAUCCUCGACUCCUGCAGCAGCGACACUUACGCCUUGGACCAGAGUAUGGAGUUCGUCAGAUCGUACAUGAAUCAAGACAUAUCGGAGUACAAAUGCGAGAACGGCAAGACGCCCACUUACGUUCCUCACAAACCGGUCACAGGCGUAAUUGGUGCCGCGUUCAGCGUGGUCUCCAUCAUGGUCGCCAAUAUCUUGCGGCUUUUCAAGAUACCUCAAGUGAGCUACGCGUCCACCAGCACGGAACUUUCGGACAAGAGCCGUUUCGAGUACUUCAGCAGGGUGGUGCCGCCGGACAAUUUUCAAGCGCAGGCGAUCGUCGAGGUGAUCCAUCUGCUCGGCUGGAAAUACGUUUCUACGGUCGCGGUGGAAGGCGAGUACGGCGAGAAGGGCAUUGCCAGCUUCAUCGCGCUCACGGCGGAAUACAACAUCUGCAUCGCAGUUAGCGAGAAGAUCCUGCGGAAUUCGAGGAUCGAGGACUUCGACAGGAUAAUCGACCGUCUGAGCUCAAAACACAACGCCAGGGGAGUUAUAUUAUUCGUCGAUGAGGAUAAUGUAAGGAAGCUGCUUCAAGCAACGGUAAGGGCCAAUCGUACGGGCCAUUUCAUGUGGGUGGGUAGCGAUUCGUGGGGCGCCAAAGUUCACCCAGUCCGUGAUCAGGAGUUCGCGGCGGAGGGUGCCAUCACCAUUCUACCCUAUCGGAACGCCCUUCAAGGUUUCGAUGACUACUAUUUGAGCCUGCGGCCGAGAAUAGGCGACGAGUGUCAGGGGCAGACCGAGAGCAAUGUUCCCCAUAAGUUGCCGGGGAAGGUGGUGAACUGCCGGAAUAUCUGGUUCCGGGAGUUCUGGUCGCAGCAUCACAAGUGCACUUUCAGCGUGAACGCGUCGAGUGACGUGACGCGCUGCACCGGCAUGGAGGACCUUGCCGAUUACGAGCAAGAGGGCCUGGUGCCUUUUGUCGUGGAUGCAGUUUACGCCAUGGCGCAUGGUGUGCACAACGUCAUUGAGGAGGAGUGCGUGAAUAAUUUGGGCACGGCGCAUUAUCUCUGCGAGACGCUUCGACCAGCGCCGGACGGUCCACGACUACUCCAACACAUCCGUAAUGUCAGUUUCAUUGGUCGCCAAAACACGGAGAUUAAGUUCAAUUCCGAUGGAGACGCUUAUGGAUUUUACAACAUCUAUCAAUAUCAGAGAAAAGAGGAGGGUCGCUUCGAUUAUACCCUCAUCGGCACGUGGAAGGAAGAGCUCAGUCUGGACAUUAACAUGACACGAUGGGCGACCGGCAUCGGCGAGUUUCACAUUCCCCGUAGCAUGUGCAGCGAAAACUGCCCGAUGGGACACGUCCGCAAUUUUGUAGAAGCGUGCUGUUGGAGCUGCGUCGCUUGCCGGGAGGACGCUUAUGUGUACAACGACACGUGCAAGAAUUGUUACCCCGGCUACGCGCCAAAUUCCACGAUGACCGGCUGCAUCAAGCUCACCGCGGAAGUUAUACCCUGGACGAGUCCUUGGGCGCUAGUACCGUUGAUCUUCGCGUCCAUCGGGAUCCUCAGUACCCUCUUCACUACCAUCGUCUUCAUACGAUUCAAUCGCACCCCGGUGAUCAUGGCGUCAGGUCGCGAGCUCUGCUACGUCCUGCUGGUCGGCAUUCUCUCGUGCUACGGCAUGAGCUUCGUCAUACUGAGCAGGCCGACCACGUGGAAUUGCACGUACUUGAGAAUCGGCCUCGGUCUCUGUCUCAGUAUAUGCUACAGCGCGAUCCUCACGAAGACCAAUCGCAUAUCGCGGAUAUUCAACCAGAGCACGAAGAGGAUCAAGAGGCUCUCCUACACAUCGCCGAAGAGCCAAGUGGUAAUAGCUAGCGGGAUAACCGCAGUCCAGCUCAUCGGCACUACCGUGUGGCUGAUAAUCGAGCCGCCAGAUACCACAGAGAUCCAUCCGUAUCCGCUGUCCGCGGUGCUGACGUGCCGCGUCUCCACGUUCUCGCUGAUGAUGUCCCUUGUCUACAACAUGUUCCUGAUACUGAUGUGCACCCUGUACGCGUUCAAGACCCGCAAGAUCCCGGAGGACUUCAACGAGGCCAAGUACAUUGGCUUCACUAUGUACUCCACGUGUAUCGUCUGGCUGGCCUUCGUGCCGAUUUAUUUCGGCACCAACAAUGACUACAAGUCGAGCGGACGGCUGCCUACGUUGCAGGUUCAGAUCGCGAGCAUGUGCAUGUGCAUCAACAUCUCCGCCUCGGUCGCCCUUGGCUGCCUCUUCACGCCCAAGGUCUAUCUGGUGCUGUUCCAGCCCUACAAGAAUGUUCGCCCGGGACACCCCAACACGAGCGGAAUGCAGAGCAGCAAUCGCGGGGCGUACAGCAUGCGUUUCGCCGGCGGCCGCAGCCAGACGAUGCAGAGCAUGACCUCGGGCUCGCGCAGCAGCCCCCCGAUGUCCCGCGGGGCGGGACGUGACGAGCGGAAGCAUGCGAACGAGCAUCGGGCGAAGAUGCGCGAGACCGAGGUGGAGGUGUAUAUCAACAACAACGGCGACGGCGACGACGACGACGACGGUGGCGGCGACGGCGGCGGUGGCGGCGGCGGCGGCAGAGGCGGCGGAGGCGGCAGUGGUGACGGUGGCAGCGGCGGCCACAACGGCAACGGCGGCCGCGGCGGCGGCAACGAUGACGACGAAGAGGAGCGCAAGCUGUCGAUUGUUCAGGAGCUGCCGGAGCUCACGGACACCGCCAGUCCGCCGCUGAGCUUGGCGUGCCUGUAUGAGAGGAGUCAGGGUGAGCCGCGUCGUCGCGACUCCAGGCGUCAUCAGCCGGGCGAGUCGACGCGCGACGAUCGCAACGGACCGAUCAGCAGCAUCUCCGAGAAGAUGGAGGCGCGCGCGAGGGAAACGGAAGCGUCGUGCCCGAACGACGAGCAGAUUCUCAGUUACUGCGACUCACCGACCUUCUCCGAGUUCUCCUCGUAGUGUUCGGAUGACGGUCACCUCGGGGAGUCGCGACGGGCUCCCGUGGGCGUUCACCUUGGAGCUCGCGGCCCAACGAGAUAAAGAGAGAGAAAGCCGUUCUCGCCGCACUCUUAGCGUCAGCGUUUUAUAAGAGCCGGACGUUUUGUAUCUUCCCGCGAGGUGUGAGUGAGUGUGAGUGUGAUUUGAGCCUUGCUCAGCCCUCUGCACUCGCGUGGCUCUACGUAAUGCCGUGCGUGCGACGAUGUCACAUCGAGAGAUACCCGGGAGGUCCCGAGUCAACAGUUUCACCCUACGUCGACCCUGCAAAUUCCGUCGAAUUCGAGGGAUCAGUUUGAAGAUCUCGAGACAUAAUACUGUGUGGGCUUUCUCUAUGGAUUCUUUUAACUAAAACGAUUCUUUACUGUCGCUUGGUUGAGAAAGAAGGACUUUUCAAACAACACAAAUUACUAGAAGAAAUCUCAAAGACGUCCAAAAGACAUCUAAAAGAAAUAGGAUGUCUUUAAGACCUUUAUAGUAAAUUGUGCUAUCUAAGAUUUGCUUAAGAUUUAUUUAAUAUUCUCUAUUAUCUCAAUGAUUUAUAUGAGUUGAGUCUAUACAUAUUGAGGUUCAAAGAAAUAAUUGUUUAAAAAUGAAUUAAAUAUGUAACAUUAACAAAGUACAAUUGCCUAUAGAGUUUUAGCAUUGUAUCUCAAGAUCCUUAUUGAUCUUUCAUAUCCGACACUAUUUGCAAGGAUCAAAUGAUAUUUCAACGUCGCGAUUUCUAAUCGAAUCAUGUGAUUUCAAAUUAAACAAGAUGAAUCUAAGUUAAAAGUCUCGAGAAAAAUUCGAUCAACUGUACAGUACGCAAUAUCUUUGAAUCGUCUUGUUUUCUUCAGGUAAAUGUGUUAGAUCUUUGAACAAUUCGUGAAUAUUUUCAUUUCAUGAAAAACUAUAUUAUUUGUCACAAUCUCUCACACUUUCCGACUAUCAGAUCUAGAGAAAGAAAGAGAAUAUUAAAAUUAUAAAUUCUAGUCUAAAAUAAAAAUUUUCACUUCACUUUCGUGAAGCUCUUUACUUGUCGAAACUCUUCUAAUUGACUCGCUAAAUUUCAUCAAUAAUUUUGGAAUUUUAUAUUAAGAUAUUAUAAAUUAUAUUUUCUUGUUAAUUUUCCUCUCCAGAAACCGGCUGAUUAAAAAUACAUUUGGGGAGGGUAAAGUAUUAAAACUAUAUUACAGGAUUUCCAAAUUACAUCUCGUAACAACAACAAAGCGACUCUGAUUAACAUCUCAUUAAAGUAAUAUAUUAAUACAUUUAGUAUAAAUUUUUAAUAACACGAGUAACCCUGAUGAAGUCUCGUUAAUACUAACGAAAUAAUUUUCUCGAGUGCACGGGUUGUGGCGACACGCGGAAAUACUAUCGGACGACCGCGAAGCGCCAGAUCGCCCGCAAAAAAAUGGUGGUUGCACAGACUACGAUUUUAUAUAGUUGUUCAUAACUGAAACCAUCGGCUUUGUUGGUUGACGCAAGAACGCUCCCAUCGGUAUUCAGAAAGUUCCAGCGUCACGGGUGAGUUUUUGAUUCAUUCAUAUCCCUCAUGCGAGCCGCAAAGGCCUUUUUUCAGCACAUACAUAUAUACAUAUACUAAUAACGCUAUGAAUGUUGGUUUAAUUCCAGAUCAAUCGGAUUGGAUUGAUAUUUCAGACAUCACAGCGUGCCAACAAUGGACGCAAAAUACAAUAAUUACACUCGCUUGAUUAUACAUAAAACUUUAUAGUUUACAGUUUUAUACAUAAAAUUGUAUCUUUUACGAGUAUUUAUUUUUUCUUCUAUUUUUUUAUAAAAUCAGUCGAUUUUUCGUGAUUAUUUAACAAUCAAUUUCUCAUCGUUCAUUCAGCAACAUUCGUUCAUUUAGAAUGAAAGACUGCUCUGGGGUCGAUUUCACUCCCACAUGUUAUCUGCAUAUAAAUUUUAUCGUAUUAUUACGAUAUUAAAAAUUUAACAUCUAGUUUAUCUUUGUUUUUCAAAUAAAUAAUAAGUUCUUUUAUUUUUUUAUUUUUUUCAAACAAAUAAUAAGUUCUUUUAUUUUUAGUAUAAUUUCCAUAAUUAAAUGACAUACAUUUAAAGAGUAUAUUGUUGAUGAAUUAUUACUACCAUCAGAAUGUUUUAAAAAUUUUCACCGUGUGAUACUGGAAUGCUGUGUACAUACGUUUAAUUAAUAUAUGAACGGACAUAAAUGUGCUAGAGAAUAGACACGGAGAUCAUUAAAAUUCGAUAAUCAAAUUAACCGAGUAAUUUCGCAUUCUAUCGCUCGGUUGCGGAUGCGGUUGUUAGUAAUAGUGAGUAAUCUCAGUCGUAGUUGGCGUAAUAGAGACGAAAAUACUAAUAAUUAAUAGUAAAGCAGCGAUUACAUAUUAGGAAUGCCAGUUGCCAAAUAUUUAACAAAAACAGGAAUUUGGUUGCGGUGCUCCUGUCGUCCUUAAAGAUCUUCCAUCUCUACGUCGUCGUGUGGUGUGGUUUUUGUCUUUAAUUUAAAUUCAAAGCGACAAUUCGGCUGACCGCGUAAACGUGGAAGCCGCGCAGAGUUGAAGUUACAAUUAUGAGAAAAGUACAAACCAACGACAAACUUAUGCCACGCUCUGUCCCGUUUCGUUCUCAACGCAGACACUUCAUUACGUAACUUUAAGUAUAAACAAUAAUGUCGAACUACAUAGAACACGAUAGAUCCCCGCAAAAACGAGCACACCUUUGAGGAUGUAUUGCCCAUAUCAUAACCCAGAACAGCGCACAAUAUUUACAAAAUAUUUUAGAAAUAUAGAUAUUAAAUAUUUUAUAAAUACAUUCAAAUGUCCAAGAUUUUCAAGUAUAAAAAGGAUUAUAAUAAAUAUUUAAAAAUAUUUAUGAAAAACAUUUUUCAUAAAUACUUUUAUGAAAAAGUUUAUAAUUUAUGGAAGAUUUAGGAUAAAUAUUUUUCAUAAAUAUUUUUAAAUAUUUAUCGUAAUCUUUUUCAUAUCUGAAAAUCUCGGACAUUAGAAUAUAUAUAUUUAUAAAUUAUUUAAUAUCUAUAUUUCUAAAAUAUUUUGUAAAUAUCGUGUGCUGUCUGGGAAAGAUAAUAUAAGAAACAUCUGAAGGAAUUAGGGAUUGCUCUAUAUUGCAUCUUAAAAUAAUCACAUUUGACGUUGAUUCAGAGUUUGGGUCAAAAGUUUGUUAUAACUUUUGUCAAAAAUUUGAACGCUAAUUACAAGUCCAGCAUAAACAUCGUUUAUACAUUAUAUUAUACAUUAUACAUUAUAUUAGUUAUAACAUGAUUUAAACGUCAAAUAACGUUUUAAUCACGCGUCAAUGAUGUCUCUAACACCAAUAAUACGUCAUUUGACAUCAUUCUGGAAAUAUUUCAAACUGUGCUAUUUUGAAAUAGCAAAUAUAGUGUCGGUAUCUUCAAUGAAGGAAAAGAUAAUUAAAGAAAAAUGAUAACAAAUACUUCUCUGUACAUAUACAUGUAAGUAUUCAAAAUUAUAUUUCAAAAUUAUGUUUUCAAAGUUUCACUAUGAUGUAGAGAUAAAAGUUCAAGAGUCAAAAAUAAUAUAAAACAAAAUAAAUUAACUAUAAAAAUGUGAUGUUAGAGCAGAAAUAUAUUGUUGUUCAACUGCAUUUUACGUAUAUAUAUAUCAUACGUUUUUAUAUGGAAAAUAGAAAUUUUAGCGUAUUUCUAAUUUUUAGUUAUUUUUGCAGCGAUUAUACGGGCAAUACAUCCUGAACGCUGCUCAAAUUCAACCCGGGAUAUGUAUAGAUUAAGACAACGACGAAUCGAUUUCUAAUAUGCACGAGCAAUCGCUACAUCGAGUACGCCUAAUAAUUAUUAAUUAUACCGAGUCGUUCAGAAAGUCUGGUUCAAUUUUUCUGGUCAAAUUUGACCACGGUAACAGAUUAUUUAUUAACCGAGUUAAUCCACCGUUGCUGAAGGAUCGCAGACAACGACGGCGAUUGCUUGAUUGAUGUGAACAGCUGUUGACCUUUGUUGAACGUGAUAAAAUCAAGCUCGAAGCUCAGAAAUUUCACCGCACUUCUUGAGCGACUCAAAUACUUUUACUGUGUUUCGCGAAAGAGGAGAGGGGAAAGAUCGCACCGACCCCACGACAUUCCUGUACAAACACAAGCCAAAAUCAAAACGAUUUUACUUGCAGCACGAUAAGAAUUGCUAGGUAAGAAAGACUCGACGAAGCGUUUCGGCGGUAGUUAUUGUAUUAAUGUUGUUAUAGCUAUCGCGUUUGCAGCGCGAGCGUCGACGGAAUCCACAGACUCGUGUCGUAGAGCUGUUAUUAUCGUUUUCCGGAGGAUAUACCGAAGGAGACGAAUGUCUUAUUAACGCGAUUUACGUGUGGUUACGUCGCGCGCUGUACAUAAGAUACGCCUAAGACACAGUUAUUAUUUAUUUACCGUGUUGUUUCUUCGUUAUUUUGUUCGUAUUAUUUGGAACGGACGUUGUGAUAAGAAAAAAAAAAAGAAACGUAAACGUAAGAAGCUUAUAUCGCCGAGGAAAAGUUUGGAUACAGCCGUCUUAUAGAGAAGAAGAGAACUUUUUUUUAACUUCUUUUCUUCUCUUGACAAGGACGAGACUGAAAUUUCCUGUUUUGCUCCUUGGAAAAGUAUGCAAAAUUGUGAAGGUGUAUACACGGUGGAUGAUGUCGUUCUUGGGGAAAUGCAAUAUAUUGAUUUUCGUUAAAACUUCAGCAAGAGCUCGUCGUUUAUAAAGUGACGUUGUCUCUUUUAACCAUUAAUAUCAUCAUACAAUAAAUCGAAAAAAGACAAGAGCGACGAGUUCGGCUUUUUAUGAGAUAUAUUCAAACUUCUAUUCGGUUUAUAGUAUACAUUCAGGAAGAAAUCGUAUUUCAGUUUCUGCUCUGUUAAGAUUAAAAGUAGAGGAGAAAGAGAGAGAGUGAAAGAGAGAGAGAGAAAGAGAUAUUUCUUAUUGAUUAAAAUAAUUUAAUUAACGAGGCAUCCAAUGUGUAUGAUCAAGAGUUUGUAAAUAUACAGUUAUAAUAUAAUUACGUUUAAGUGAUCGCGGAAUAUCUUGCUUCGUCAGAGUGAGAUACCCCUUAAUUAAUAAUUGUACAAAGUUUAUGGAGUGUUGAAAUAUAAAGCGACGAGGCGUGCAUGUAUUAAUAGCUGUUAUACGUGUGUACUUAUGUGCCUAGCAUCUUGUGAGCUAACUUUUCGUAAUGGUGUAUCGAUGUUCUCGUGAUUAAGUCGAGUAACGAUAAAAAGCCUCGAGCUUAGAGAAAAAAAACUGAGACUUCGAUUUUCUCAAUGUAUAUAAGCCAAAUCUGUCAUACGAAUUAUAAGACUCUGAUUGUCUGAUCAAUUCGAAUUUAUCAGACAACAAAAGUCUCACAAUUCAUGCAAUUUUCUAUUUUGCUGAAGAAAUUAAUUUACGAUCAUAGUUAUAUAUUUAUUAUACGUAUAUUAAUUUGCAACUUAUAAAUUCGUUUUUAUAAAUGUAAACUCGUGUUAUUACGAUUUAUUCUAACACACACACACACACACACACACAUAUUUAUUUAUUUAUUUAUUUAUUUAUUUAUUUAUUUAUUUCUUAUCUCUCAUUUAAUAUAAUACUUUAAAUACGAGUACACUUUCACGUUUGCAGAUAAAGGGAUAUUAUCAGCGAGUAAUAUCGUUAUUCGACUCAAUAUAACACCGAGUAGUAGGAUGCACAGACGAUUGUUAAUACUGUUCGCCGGAUAUGCGACGAAAUUGCAUAUACAGGAUGUUCUAUUUUAACUGUUAAUCCCAAAUAUCUCAGAAACAAGACAUUACAGAAACAAACAGAAGUGCGUCAAAGAAAAGUUCUAAGGUUUCAAGGGGGAAAGAAGAUGGUAAUAUUUACUUAGUUUUGGAAUGACGUUGACAGAUCCUUUCAAGAUCAUUUCAGAUUUAAGUUCAAGAAUAUUGCCACCCGUUUUCCCCUUUGAAGACACACAAUUUCUAUCUGACACAUUUUUUUCCAUAAUAUCUUGUUCUUUGAGGUGUGAAAUCAAAAUGGGACAUCCUGUACACUGAACUCGGCGCAAGGGAGGCUUGAAUAAUUUCAUAAAUAUACAACUGCCUGCGAUAAUAAACCGACUAACGAACGAAACACCGAUGACUCUGUACAUAUAAGCAGCGCUAGUCUAAGUCCGCCCGCGCAGGGGAGAUCCUCCCGCGUGGGUUUAACAAUAAUUAACGUCUCGUUAAUUUAAGCGCGCGUCCUUGCGAUUUCUCAUUCUAAAUCUCCGGAUGGAUAGACGUAAUUCUAAUAAUUCUUCGCCCUAGUUGAAGCUCCUGUCCGAUUGUGUCGGGUCGAAUCAUAUCUUCUCGUCGUCUUCUCGUGUCACGGGCAAUCCGCCUCCUCGAGAAGUGUAGGACGUCGUGAAAAAAAAAAAAAGAAAAAAAGAAAAACAAGAAGAUGCAAGAACGAUACCUAAUGAGAACGACAUCGUGCGAAUUCGUUGAUCUGCGUCUCGCGGACGAGACUCUCCUAGAGCCGCUGGUAUUCAUUGAGACGCGGAGGUGCGUUAAUUCCAUUAUGUAAUAUCGGUCCGCACUUGCGUUUGCGGUGGGGAUGUGCUCUAGAUACAUUAAACGCGUAUCUUAGGACGAUUAAAUCAAUUGAAGCGAUAUACCGCUGUGCGGUGCAAUCGAUAGCAGAGUUUCACUCGUACUCGUUUAGUGACGAAUGUGAUUAUUAGUUUGAUACAUAUAUAUAUACACACACAUAUAUAUAUAUCUAUCUACAUGUUUAAAAUCGAUAUUAGCUAGAAGAUCGAAAAAGAGGAAGAAGAGAAUAAAUAUAUAUACAUAUAUAUGAUAAAUAUAUAUGAAAUGUCAGCGGUGUGUGACGAGAGUACUCGGUUUAUCGCGUAAACAACGUUCUUGACGCAAAGCAGUCUCAAUUUUAAACAAAGUUUUAUAUUACAGUGCCAAAUCGAUGUUAGCACAAGUGUGUGAAACUCUAACGGAUAUAAAUACAAUUAUGGAUCGUAUUCCGUAGGAUUAAGGGCAAGCGGGAGAGAAUCGUCGUCUCUCGAAGCGCGUUAAGUCGAUAUACGAUAAGUGCGAAUACGUUUUGUAAAUAAGAGAAGAUUAUAGAUACGUAAUAUAUAAUACGAUAUAUAUAGAAUGUUUCGGUAUUAUAGACGAGAAUUUAACUGGCUAAUAGAAAUCGCAAUGACAGACUAAGAAGGUUUGAAUAAUCAACUACAAACUAUAUAAUAUCAUUCUCGAGAUAUCUAUUUCUUUCAUUUCACGAGUGUAUUUGUAUUUUUAAUAUUUCCUGCUUUUCGCACAAUAUCGCUAAAUUCUUAAAAACAUCAAAAUCAAGCAAAAGCAUCACACACACAUUAAUUCUCAUUAUUCUCAGAAACAUCUUAUAAUUUCUUUUUUUAAAUUGCAUUUCAUAAAAACAAAAGAUUCACGAUUUAUAUUACUAAUUCAAGUUAUACUUUUCAAUUUUUAUCGCAAAUUAAUUUUCAUUUAAAUCUGAAGAUUCUCCAUACCUUUUAUCAUAAUAAUCUAAUGCUAACAAUUCUUAUUUUGAAAAAGAGCCUUUCUUUACCUAUUGGAAGCGCCAAAGUCUUCGUUUUCAAGUGAGUUUCCGUUUCAAGUCGCUACACACCCGAAAAGCGAAGACAUCGAUCACCAUAUCGAGCCGCGCUUUCGAUCCGUUCAGCCGAAGUGAAGCUUUAAAUGGCGCCUGCUGAGCGCCGCGCGACAGCGGCAUGAAUGAGGACGCGCAGUGGGCGAACAGCUGAUGUACUACGGGAGUAGGGCAGGUCCGCGUUCCAACACGCCAUGUAAGGCACGCGCCAUAUAAGGUGACUGGAACGCGGCCUUGUCCCCACUCCAACGCUGUGUCAGCUGACGAGCACGUGGUCGCCCGACCACGCGGUCGUCAAUCUCAUUCGCGCGCGAACUGUACAGAGUGCGCCAGUGUGCAGCGUGCGGGUUCAGCGUUUGCCAGCAUUCAACCUGACUCUGACCUAACAUGUCUGACCUAACGUUAAAAUGCCGCUUUAUUCAUAUAAUUUAAACAUCUAAAAUAUUUAACAUCUGAAUAUAUCUAAAUAUAUUUAAAUAUACUGCAAAAAUCGCAAAAAUGGUUUCCGUCACAUCUACUGUCAAGUUAUGCCAGCAGGUUCAGUCGAAAGAACACGGCUACCCUUUUAAAAAAAGACCAACAAAAAUGAUAAAAUGUUUCCAAGUUUUAUUAAAAUUAAAUUAUGUGACUUUGAACAUUUCUACCGGAAAUUUCAAUUCAUAUAAAAGAAUUAUCAAUUUCUUUCGUUUCAUAUCGUAAUUCAUAUUAAUAUGUAAUUUUAAUGAUAUAUUUUUAUGAUAUAUUAAAUUAUAAGAUAAGAUAUUAAGCGAUUAAAUAUUUAUUUGAAUGCAUAUAUCUUUCUAUGUAAUUUUAUUACAUUUGAUCAAAUACAUGAUUCAGUUUCAUAGAGUUUUUUUAAUGUAAUUUUACCUAAUUUUUUAAGCAAGAUAUGAAUCUGCUGUGGUAUUCUAAUCGAAUCUGCUGUCAACCUGUCUGUUAACAUUUUGCUUAUUAAGUUCGUAAUCCUAAUGACAGCAAAAUCGAUUAUCACUAGGUCGAAACGAAAAUAUAAAUACAAUAUAUGUGAAAAAUAUCUUACCUAUACAGCACUAAAGUCAAUAUUAUUAUUACUGAAAUAUUGCUAUAAUAUCUCAGUAAAUUAAAUUUUUGCAUGGAAAUGUUGCUAUGAUAUCUCAGUAAGUUAAUUUUUUUUGUGCAAUGUUGUAAUAAUAUUGUCUAUCGUGCAGAGAGCAGCAGUACAUUAAUACCACUAUGUCAACUUUAGAUAGUAAGGUAGUUAUAUAGUGAAAUAAUAUGAAUUUAACCAAAACCCGAGCAGCACAUAUUGGCUAACGUUUAGCUGUUAUGGAUUCAAUACUGACUCAAUGCAUUGUGCUGCUAGGGAAAGCAACCUCGAAUCAAUCAGGAAAACCUUGUAUUAAUGUUCAUCAACACAAUCAAAAGCUUCUUAAAUUUAAUUGAUAUCGCUCUAAUAUUUUUGUGCUAUACGGACAUAUAUCUACCCUAACAGCACAGAUGUCCAUGGGACAUCCAAAGUACAUCCUGAAGAAGUCUUGAGGACAUUUCUUCGUCUUCAGAACGUCCUUAGAAUGUCCUUAGGAGAUCUUAUGCCGCGUACAUACAUAAAAAGAUAUAAGCAGAUAGAAUAUCUCGAAAAUAGUGAUUAGUUCGCGGACUUACCGUGUGUUUCGAGCUUUAUUAGCCAGUUAAGUGUUCAGUUACAAUCGCGAAAUAUCCUUUAUAUACAUAUAUACGUAGUGCGCGGUAUUAAGUGUGUGCGGAGGCAACGGCUAUCAUAGCCGUCUGUAUCCUCAUGAAUGAGAUUUGAAUUACAUAAGUCUAAGCAGUCAAAGCUGGUUCCUUUCGAAUUCCACGAAUGUAAUCUCACUUAAGCUUCGUAGGAUUACUUUUUUAUAUCUAUAAUUAUAUUUAAUGCUAAAUGUUACGCGCUCUAAGCUACUUCUCUGUUAAUGGACCUCGCGACUUGCACAAAGGACUAGGAUUCUCAAAAGGAAACGUUAAUGCCGCGGCAAUUAAAUAGGAUAAUUCAUCGGAAUUGUACAAUAUAUUUCUCGUUUUUCGGCGCGACGUAUUAUUUUCCAUGUAAAUAACAUUGUCGUGAUAGGAAACGUGAGACCUGUGAGCAUGUCCACGAGCUUUACCACGGCGACCCCGUGAACUUUAAGAAAGAUCACGCCUCGUUGUGUUGCCCUUCUUUUAAUAUUUGCGUGCCGCUAAUUCGAUAUCAGAUCGUUUCGACCGUGAAAGAGGUAUCGCCUGCCUGUUGCACCGCUCAUGCAAAGAAUAACACGUCGCGAGCUCGGCACACACACACACAUAGAGAAAUAUCAUUCUAUCGCUAAGAAAAGCGAUUACUCGGUUUACUUUCCUUCCUUUAUAUAAUAGUUACUUUCAACAAAAAAUAUUUUCUUGAUAAUAGUCUUACAAUGUUCCCAUCGCAAAUUUUAGAAAAGCUCAUCGUCAUAUGCAAGAAGAAUUUAUUAGAAGAAUUUAUUUAUUUAUUUAAAAAGAAUUUAUUUAUUUAUUUAAAAGAAGAAUUUAUUAUUCUCUUUACAAGAGUAUUAUGAAAUUUCAUGAAAGAAAAAAUUAGUUCGUUUUUAUAUGUAGUAAAAGCUAUUCGCGUCACGCACGGGUUUUUCUUUUAAUUUAAUAUUCUUGAUUGAAAUGCUACAUUCAGGAUUCAGAAUGUGUUUUGAAUCAAUUUGAUGCUUGCGAUGAAUUUAUUCCAGACAAAACAAACUUCUAAAGGAUAUCUCAAGAUGUAUAAAAGAUGUCUAAGUAAAAUAGGAUAUCUUUAAGACUUCUGAAUCCUUACUGCAAAAUUCUUGAUUGACGACGUCAGAAACGAGAAUACACACACUGAAAAUUCUUGCAAAAUAUGUUGAAAUAAAAAAAUAUAUCCAUAAAAUAACACUUGCAAUCAGACACUUAUAAAAUAACAUUUUCCUUCGAACAUUUUCCUUUUGCUCGAACGACCAAUAAAUAACCGUAAAAUUGAUGUGACGUGCAAUUAUUCUUUUGAAUCUAUCUUUUCUCAAGAUUUUGUCCCGUUAAUUUUACGGCUAUUUAUUGAUUAUAAAUAAAAGGAAAGUAUUUGGACACACACGGUCUGCUCGAUUGAUUACAAAUAUCAUUUUGUUGACAUAUUUUAUUCUGUUCGCGGAUAUAUCGACUUACAAAAUACUUGAAACAGUGCAAAAUACUUGAAAUAUUUAUUUGAAUGUAGAAUGUAUUUUUCUGUGUACACGCGUUCCUCGUAAGAGAAAUUACAGUACCGAGAGCGUAAAUCAAUACCGUAAAAUAUCCUACAGAGAGAAUAUUAUAGUCUUUUUUUGUAUAAACUCUUCAAUUUUAUUAUGUUUUUAGUAGUCCAGGAAUAAACUGUCAGUAAGGUUUAUCUCGCUAAGGAACAUGGUAAAUUUCGCUAAAAACAUAGCAAGUAUUUUAAUGGUACAUUUCAGUUCCUGAAAUAUAUAAAUAGAACAUUAUUAUUUCAGUUUAUAUUUCAGUUCCUAAAAUAUAUAAAUAGAAAAUAAAGGAAUAAUGUGAAUAGCUGCAGAAGAUCGAUUUAUUUCUAGAGAGAUUGAAAAAUCUCAUAAUAAUUUUUACUAUAAAAUUCUCUCCGUGUAGGGGCGAACCGAUGCAAUCUUGGCUUCCCUCGCGGCCAAAACGCAUGUGUAUCCUCUAUUCCGCGAUACUUGCUCGAGGAAAAACUCAAUUUAGUUGUGAAAAAUCCAUACACUUGCCUCGUUACUUACCUCUCGUUCGCUAAAGUCCCCGAGUUCAUUCAUCGAAUCCGCCGUUAGUUUUUUUGAUGGCCUAAUUGUGUUUAUUUACCUGUACUAUUUCCCACCGGUAUUUCACGUCACACACAUAUACAUACACAGGCGCGUCCCAAGUUCGCCGCCUAUCCACUUCCGGGCUAAAGAGUGGAAGAAGUCACAUCACCGAUCGUAAAGAGUAACCAACGAUAUCAAGCUCGUCAAUACGAUCUCACUACGUAUCGUUAAGUGUCGCGUCGAAUAGAUUAAAUGAACUUUAGACUGAUAACGAGGACGAUCAACGUGACCGUGCGUCGCAGACGAACGCGACAGUUCUUCGUGCAGUUCUUUUAUAAAGCGUCUCGCGCGUCUCGUUGACGCGGCGCGAAUAACAUGCGUCAAUUAAUGAAGGAACUUAAAUUAAAGAAAAAGCGCGUCACCGCGAUAUGUAACACGCCGUUUUGUCGCCCGUCUGUCGAAUGUGUACAGGAAUCCUUCACAUGACCGUUUUCGCUUAUUUUCCCGCAAAGUCGCCAUACGGUCUGAGCUGUCAAGUGACAGAUUCCUCUAAGAAAGUCCGCUAUCAUCAUUCAAUCCUCGCUUACUGGCAUUAUGAAUGCAAACGUGCCAGACAAAUACUUGUUCCUUUCAUUCAUGAAAUAUCUUUGGGUUAGAGUCGAAGAACAGUUUUCACCUCAAAAUAUAACAAGCAGAGUUGUGAAAAUAUUUUAUUGAUUUUUUCUCAAUUUCACUGAUCUAAACAAAUAUAUUUUUUCAACUAAUUAACGAUUGAUUUAAGCAAAAUCAACCGAAGAAUGUUUCAUUGAAUUUGUUGAAAUCAAUCGUCAAUCGAACGGUUUUCAACUAAAUUUGUUGAAAUCAAUUAAACAGUCUUUAGUUGAAUAGGCUCAUAUUAAUUACAAAUUAUAUAAACACGAUAAUUAAUUAAAAAGGUAAUUAAUUACUCACAAUCCUGGCAACAAGUAUCCUUUAAUUUGUUACAUUUAACAAGAGAACAAUUAAAUAAAUUUUGCUCAAUUGAAUAAUUGAUCUCAUUAGAUAUGUUUUAAUUCAACUGAUUGACGAUUGAUUCGAGCAAAAUCAAUCGAAGAAUGUCUAAUCAACAAUUGAUUCCAACGAUUUCAAUUAAAGACGGCUCAAUUGACGAUUGAAUUUAUUAAAAUCAUCAAUUAUCAAUUAAAUGGUCUCCAUUUGAAUUUGUUCAUAUUAAUUGCUAAUUAAACACGAUAAUUGCGUUGGCUCAUAUUAAUAAUUAAUUGAACACGAUAAUAUGCCGACGAGAUCAGCGGCGAGGCCGAACACGGGCCUAGACCCGCGAUAUUGACUUUAUUUGGCUGCUGGAGUGUCCUGCGUUUUCCUCAAUUCUUCUGCAUUUUGUAUCAAACAUCUGAAAAUAAGGAAAAUUGUGUUACUUGUUACACACACCAUUUGGGUAGGUCCUUUAUUGGCCAUCUCCCAAUUGGAUGAACAACAAGAAAAACAAAACAAUUUAAUGUCAUCAUUUUGCAUAUUAACAGGACUUCAAGAACUGUCAACGCAAAACAGGGGCCUCUUCUGUUUAUUAUAUUAUUUUUAGUUAUUUCUGUACAUUAUUUUUCUUUACAUUAUUUUUCAUUAUUCUGUACGUUAUUUUUCUGUACAUACUUUGUUUAACUACAUGUCGCAAUCUAUUAUACACGAGAAUAGUUAUUUAGUUUUUCUAUCAACUUAAUUCAACAGGUGCUUAUUUUUUAAUAAACAGACUUUAUAUAUGAGUAUUAAUGGUUACACAAAAGCUUGUCAGCAAUGUAAGAAUUUUAAAAUAUCAAAAAGUAUAGCAGUCCACAAACAAAAUCUAUUUAUUACCCUACACGGCGAACUUGAUUCAAUUAAUGAUACGUGUAACCAAGUUCCUCGUCUAAUUUAAUCAAAUAAGACAAUACUUACCGAAACAAACAAAAUUUCACACAAUACACGCCUUCUUAGACUUCGAUCAGCUGGCUGUUGGGAACAGUGAGGUGCUCGGCGGAACAAAAUCUCGCAGGCUCGAGUUUAUGCGUCAGCUACGUCAUGCAGGCGCAAAAGAUCUGUCCUCCGAGUAACAUUUACUAUACUACUUAAGUUAUUCAAAAGCUCUCAGAAAAAUAACAGUUGCCAAUAUGUUUUACGCGCGCACUUGUAGAAAAGUAAUCAAUUCUUCAAUUUUCUGUCAUAAACCCACGAUUGUAAUCAUAAAAUUCCGGUCAAGUGAGGAUUGAUUGUACCCAUCACCGUUAUUCGUCUUCGAUGAUCAUCAUGGCGACCAUUCGCGAACGUUCCAGAAUAUUCAGUCGCAUUUAUUAUCUCGCAAUUAACUGAAUAUCACUUGGCGUGCGUAGAUCUCUAGUGGAUAUCCAUUCUGCGUUGUUAUCGAUUAUGUACGCGUUCAAUUACGUUGUAGUAUAAUUUAUUAUACGUUUAACAUAUUCUAUAAUAAAUGUUGUCGACAAAUUA